UAAUGUCUUGGUGGGGCCAUUGACCCCCCUCUCAAAGUCCCUUCUCAGCGAAGUUGCACGAGGAUAAUUGAUAUAUGCACACUCUCAAUGCUUAUGCUCUUUUUCUCUGUCUUCCUCUUUGUGCUUGGGGCUAUCAUAUUUUUCCAUUCUGUUCUAAAAUCCCGGAAUCGCUUUUACAUUAUGAGUACCUCUGAAAAUUCUGACAUGAGCUUCUUUGAAGCUGUCGAUUCUGAGUCAAGUCACUCUGACUCUGAGUACUCUGAGCUCAGUUACCAUGAAGACUCUGAAGUGAGGUGCUCAUGUGGACUUCCUGCUAAAUUGCGAGUGUCUCAAACACCCAGAAAUCCUUUUCGAUUGUUCUAUAACUGCCCCGGGAGCUAUAAUUUUCAAUGUGGAUUUUUCCGUUGGUGGGAUGAGCCAGCUCCGACUGGUGAUAGACAUACAGAUGAACUAAACCUCAUUCGUAAUGAGUGUGCUCGACUACAAGGAAGACUGGAUGAAAUCGAACAGAGACAUGACAAUGAUAGGAGUGUCUGGGAAAGAGAAAAAUCCGAGCUAAUGUUGAAAUUAUCAACUGUGCAAACUGAGCUUGAUGAGAUUAAAGAAAGAAUUAGAACAGUGAACGAGUCGGAUCUUAUGCCCCCGCUUGAUAAUUUAUUAAUAGCAGACGAUGAGGGAGAUGAUGUGAUAGAGAUACACACUAUAUAAGUAGUAGAGUUUAAUGCAGAAUAGAUGCAAAAACCUUUUUUUGCAGUUUCUUUCUCCUCAUUUGAGUUUUUGUUUGCAUCUUGUGGAUGUCUUUUUUGUAAUCAUUACUUCUAAAUCUUAUGCCUUUGUGAAGUGGGGGGUCUCACUAUAUGUAUCGUGUUUUGUGUUUUAGAUUUUGAUAAA